AUGGCGAGCGACUUACCAUCUUCAGCAUAUAGAAUUUUGGAUGUACCACUCAAUAACAAUACCGAAUCUCUUGAACUUGACUUGGAUGAAAUUUGUGGUGGCGAAGGUUCUGUGGAUGAAAUCGUUGGAAUUUUUGUAGGAGAAAAACUUUCAGUUAAAUAUUGGACGAGAGGUGUGAUGGAAUAUUGGAGGAGAGAUCUAAGAGAGGACGGUGUUAGCUUGGGAGAACAAGGAUUACAAGGGAGAUCCGAGGAAUGUCUACCACUCCUUUGCCAGCUCGUCACUGGUCUAAUAUGUCUGGCGAAGAACCUACCGACGAUGAAACUAGAGACGGCUUCAUACGAUCUCUUACCCGAUGCUCAACCUAUCAAAGAGGUUUAUCUGUCCAGGGCUCUACUGUAUGUGAAUGAAGCCACAGCGAUCGAUCCCAAGAAUCCACUGGUGCUCGAUGCGAGAGCCAAAAAGGAGUUCGACCAGGUAUUCAAUACGUGUGAACAAAUCUUGAAGGACAAGCCGACUCAUCUACCGGCACUAUUAGCCAAGGCUCGGGUACUUUUUCAUCGCAAGUACUAUCGACCAGCCUUGAAGAUCUACCAGCAGAUCCUCAGUCACGCCCCGAUGUUCUUGCCCGACCCAAGGAUUGGGAUUGGGUGCUGUUUUUGGUUCCUGGGUGAAACCUCCAUGGCAAAGAAAGCAUGGCAAAGAAGCAUUGCGGUGCAUCCAGGUAAAGCUUCUCAGAGUGCUCAAGUCCUCUUGGGUCUGGUCAAUUUUCAUGCAUCUCGUGAUAUCCAUCUAUCCGAUGAGGCCAAGUUGUCGGCCUAUCAAGAAGGAAUGUCAUACAUUCAAGGUACCUUCAAGACAAAUCGUAACAUAGCUAUCUCUGCCGCGGUCCUUGCCAGUCACUUCUUGACGGCCAACAAUUGGGCUACUGUCAGUUUUGAGGGACCUCAUCUCGUCUGGGCUACAAAAAUGGCAGAACGGGCUGUACAGUAUGCUGAUGCGAAUCCUAUCCUUGUCGAAGCUCGCUUGGUUCUGGCCAGAGCUUUUCACGCUCAAGGUAAACUGGUAGAGGCUCAGAAAGAGUAUCAAGCUGCAAUCACCCUGGAUCGGUCCGUCUUGAACCCAGUCUUAGGAGUCGCGCAGAUAAUGGUUGCGCAGAAUGAGUAUGUACCGGCAAUCAACACAUUUGAAAAUGUUUUACGCCGGCAACCACGAUGUAUCGAAGCAUUAGUGAAUCUAGCCGCACUUCGAACUCAUCUGGCCUUUACAUCGAGCUCUUCAACAGAAGCAGCCGCCGAAAAGACCAAAGCUCGAGAUCUUUAUGAGCAAAUCACAAGACUCUUUGCCACCCGGAUCAAAAAACCUGGCGCUGCCCCUCAAGACCCUGGCAUCAUGCCUCCACGGAUCAGGGAAGUAGCCAGCGAUCCUGACCUCUAUAUUGAUAUUGCUCGAUUAUCCACGGAUACCGAUAUUGGUCGAGCACUGAAAGGCUACUGUCAGUCGCUCGCUGUCAGGAAAGACUUGGAGAAACCGAUACCUGCCAUGUUGUUCAACAAUAUCGGCGUCUUAGAAUGGAAAAACGGAAACCUAAGAGAAUCUCAGGAGCAGAUCGAGAGCGCAUUGGCAGCAACCGCGAGCGCUGUGGUGGGCGAUGAAACGGAGAGGGAAACUAAUGAAAGGGCUGCAGUAUGUAUGCUGUACAACUUAGGGGUGGUCUGUGAAGACACAGGGGAGAAAGAAAAGGCUAAGGACAUCUACGAAAGGAUUUUGAUUCGACAUCCUGAAUAUGUUGAUGCGAAAGCACGGCUAGCGUUGAUGCAUCUGUCGCAUAGGAACUUUGACAAAGCAAAUGGCUUACUAAAGGAAGCCUUGACGUCUCAAACCGGAAAUGGCGAGUUGAGAGCCCUCUAUACUUACUUUCUAAUCGAAUCGAAUCAGAUCAAGCAAGCUCGAGAUUUCUCAGUUGCGACGCUCAAGGAUCACGACAAGCAAGACAUAUAUGCUUUAUGUGCAUCUGGUGCUUUGCUAUAUACCCAAGCUCGCGAAAACAAAGACCCAGGUCCCGAAGCCAGUAUGGAACGUGCCAACAGGUUUUUUCGUGCAGCAGAAUUUUUUGAGAAAGCUAUUCAACUUGAUCAUCAUUGUGCUUUCGCUGCACAAGGUUUGGCGAUUGCUUUGGCGGAGCAUGUCAUCGGUGGUGCUUCUAUGGGAAGCCAGAAUGGACAAAGCUCGGGAACGGAUGGAAAUGCUAUCAGAGCGAAGAACAUUCGAGAUGCAAUCACUAUAUUCACAAAGGUGAAGGAAGCUGUAAAUGAUGGCAGUGUUUAUGUCAAUUUAGGACAUUGUUAUUAUCUUCGGGACGAAUUUGAACGCUCAAUAGAGAACUACAACACGGCAUCCAAACGAUUUUACCAGGGUAAAAAUAUCCCGGUUUUACUCUAUCUAGCUCGAGCUUGGUUUCAAAAAGCUAGCAAAGAUCAAAGCUUUGUUUCGCUACGUAACGCUCUAACGAAUGCUCAGGCUGCCCAGGAACUCAAUCCACGGGAUGCAGCCACUGCAUUCAAUGUAGCCUUGAUCCAGCAAAAGGGCCUUGAACUUUUGCUUGAUCUGGACGCAGCUAAACGGACACUUUCUGAUAUCAAAAUCGCCAUCGCAGAUGCUCAGGCGGCUCAAGAGGCAUUUGCUACGUUAGCUAGUCAGAAACCUGGAAGUGUGCCUUUUGAGACGGAUAUUGCACAUCAGCGAAAGCGGUACGGUGAAAGUUUAUUACGACGAACUGCAGAGAUACAAGACGCACAGCAAGAGUACGAAUCUACUGAGUCUGCCAAGAUCGAACGAGCUCGCCAGGAACGAGAAGCUGAGAGACAAAGAAUCGCAGAAGCUGAGCUCUCCCGAUUGCAAGAGAUGGCGGCUAAAAAUGAAGAACUUGCACGUAAACGACAAGAAAUGCAGGAAUCUGCUGCAUCGUGGUAUGUCAAACGCGAGAGCGAUAAUGAGAGCGAUGGCGGUAAGAAGAAGAAGAAACAAGGAGGCGCCAAGCGAAAGACGAAGGAAAGUGGAGUAACUAUUGUUGAUGAUGGUGAUCUCAACGAAGAAGGAACAGAUAUUGAGGAAAAGAAACCUAAACGCAAGCGUACGAAGAAACAGAAAGACCGAGAGAAUGAUACGCCGGCUCGCGGAGUCAGGGCUGUCUCGACGGCUGAUGAUGAAAAUGAAUCUGAUGACGGGCCGACAUUGAAACCCAAUGGGAAGCGGAAGUCGAACAAAAUUUAUAAAAGUGCAGAAUUUGUCGAAGACGACAGCGACUGAUCGUAGUAAGGAUCCAUUCAUGGAAUGGCUUAGGUUAAUUGGACAAUUGAGCUCUUAACUUUCCAUUGAUAUAAGAUGUCUCCCCAUAUGACCAGAAAAUGGAUGGAUGGACGGACCUCAUGGUUUUAUUCACACUUGUACUUACUCAGGUUGUUGUUUGUUAGGCUUGUGUUGUCAUUUUAUCUUCCUCAGUCGAUUUAUCCAAUGUAUCAUAUGCAGAGUUUUCUCUAUACGUAUAGGAAAAUCUCUUUCUGAAAACU